GGGCCGGGGAGGGAGGUGGUUGGCGGUCCCUUUACCACCUCCGCCGCUGCCUCCUCCGCUUGAGCUGCCGCCGCGGGCGCCAGGCCGCUCGGCUGCUGGGGCAUGAGACCGUGAGGAGAGCGACGGGCCGGGGCCGCCGACAUGUUUGGCCGCUCGCGGAGCUGGGUGGGCGGGGGCCAUGGCAAGUCCUCCCGCAACAUCCAUUCCUUGGACCACCUCAAGUAUCUGUACCACGUUUUGACCAAAAACACCACAGUCACAGAACAGAACCGGAACCUGCUGGUGGAGACCAUCCGUUCUAUCACCGAGAUCCUGAUCUGGGGAGAUCAGAAUGACAGCUCUGUAUUUGACUUCUUCCUGGAGAAGAACAUGUUCGUUUUCUUCUUGAACAUCCUGCGGCAGAAGUCGGGCCGCUAUGUGUGUGUCCAGUUGCUGCAGACCCUGAACAUUCUCUUUGAGAAUAUCAGUCACGAGACCUCACUGUAUUAUUUGCUCUCGAAUAACUACGUGAAUUCUAUCAUCGUCCAUAAGUUUGACUUUUCCGACGAGGAGAUUAUGGCGUACUACAUAUCGUUCCUGAAAACACUCUCCUUGAAGCUCAACAACCACACCGUCCAUUUCUUCUACAAUGAGCACACCAAUGACUUUGCCCUGUACACGGAAGCCAUCAAGUUUUUCAACCACCCUGAAAGCAUGGUUAGAAUUGCUGUAAGAACCAUAACUUUGAAUGUCUACAAAGUGGAUAACCAGGCCAUGCUGCACUAUAUCAGAGAUAAAACUGCUGUCCCGUACUUCUCCAACCUGGUCUGGUUCAUCGGGAGCCACGUGAUCGAGCUCGAUAACUGUGUGCAGACUGACGAGGAGCACAGGAACCGGGGGAAACUGAGUGACCUGGUGGCCGAGCACCUGGACCACCUGCACUACCUCAACGACAUCCUCAUCAUCAACUGCGAGUUCCUCAAUGACGUGCUCACUGACCACCUGCUCAACAGGCUCUUCCUGCCCCUCUACGUGUACUCCCUGGAGAACCAUGACAAGGGAGGAGAGCGGCCGAAGAUCAGCCUGCCCGUGUCUCUGUAUCUCCUGUCGCAGGUCUUCCUAAUUAUACAUCACGCACCGCUGGUGAACUCGUUAGCUGAAGUCAUUCUGAACGGUGACCUGUCUGAGAUGUACGCAAAGGCUGAGCAGGAUGUUCAGAGAAGCUCUGCCAAGCCCAGCAUUCGGUGCUUCGUUAAGCCCCCUGAGACACUUGAACGGUCCCUUGAGAUGAACAAGCACAAGGGCAAGAGGCGGGUGCAAAAGAGACCCAAUUACAAAAAUGUUGGGGAGGAGGAAGACGAGGAGAAAGGGCCCACCGAGGAUGCCCAGGAAGAUGCCGAGAAGGCUAAAGGUACAGAGGGUGGUCCUGCAGGCGUGAAGACGAGUGGGGAGAGUGAAGAGAUCGAAAUGGUGAUCAUGGAGCGCAGCAAGCUCUCGGAGCUGGCCGCCUGCAGCUCCGUGCAGGAGCAGAACACCACGGACGAGGAGAAGAGUGCUGCCGCCACGAGCUCCGAGCGUGUGCAAUGGAGCAGACCCUUCCUGGAUAUGGUGUACCACGCCCUGGACAGCCCAGAUGAUGAUUACCACGCCCUCUUCGUGCUCUGCCUCCUCUAUGCCAUGUCUCACAAUAAAGGAAUGGAUCCUGAAAAAUUAGAGCGAAUCCAGCUUCCGGUGCCCAGUGUGGCUGAGAAGACCUCCUACAACCAUCUGCUGGCCGAGAGACUCAUCAGGAUCAUGAACAACGCUGCCCAGCCAGAUGGGAAGAUCCGGCUGGCGACCCUGGAGCUGAGCUGCCUGCUCCUGAAGCAGCAAGUCCUCACCGGCUCUGGCUGCAUCCUCAAGGACGUGCACCUGGCCUGCCUGGAGGGUGCGAGGGAAGAAAGUGUUCACCUGGUGCGACAUUUUUACAAGGGAGAAGAAAUUUUUCUGGACAUGUUUGAAGAUGAAUACAGGAGCAUGACAAUGAAGCCCAUGAAUGUGGAGUAUCUCAUGAUGGAUGCCUCCAUUCUGCUGCCCCCGACGGGCACGCCGCUGACGGGCAUUGACUUCGUGAAGCGCCUGCCGUGUGGUGACGUGGAGAAGACCCGGCGGGCCAUCCGGGUGUUCUUCAUGCUGCGAUCCCUGUCACUACAGCUGCGCGGCGAGCCUGAGACCCAGCUGCCCCUGACUCGGGAGGAAGACCUCAUCAAAACUGACGAUGUCCUGGAUCUGAACAACAGCGACUUGAUCGCGUGCACGGUGGUCACCAAGGAUGGCGGCAUGGCCCAGCGCUUCCUGGCUGUUGACAUUUACCAGAUGAGUUUGGUGGAGCCGGAUGUGUCCAGACUGGGCUGGGGAGUGGUCAAAUUCGCAGGUCUUCUGCAGGACAUGCAGGUGACUGGCGUGGAGGAUGACAGCCGCGCCCUCAACAUCACCGUGCACAAGCCCGCGUCCAGCCCGCACUCCAGGCCCUUCCCCAUCCUGCAGGCCACCUUCGUCUUCUCGGACCACAUCCGCUGCAUCAUCGCCAAGCAGCGCCUGGCCAAGGGCCGCAUCCAGGCACGACGCAUGAAGAUGCAGAGGAUCGCUGCCCUCCUGGACCUCCCGAUCCAGCCAACAACCGAAGUCCUGGGCUUUGGACUCGGCUCCUCCACCUCCACCCAGCACCUGCCUUUCCGCUUCUACGACCAGGGCCGCCGGGGCAGCAGCGACCCCACGGUUCAGCGCUCAGUGUUCGCGUCUGUGGACAAGGUGCCAGGCUUCGCCGUGGCUCAGUGCAUGAACCAGCACAGCUCGCCCUCCCUGUCCUCACCGUCACCGCCCUCCGCCAGCGGGAGCCCCAGCGGCAGCACCGGCCACUGUGACUCAGGAGGCGCCAGCUCAUCGUCCACGCCCUCCGCCACCCAGAGUCCUGCAGAUGCCCCCACGAGCCCGGAACAGCCUCAGCCUCACCUUCCUGACCAGCUGGUGAUCGUCAACGAAACAGCAGACUCCAAGCCCAGCAAGAGCUUGGCCAGGGUCGCGGAGGUGGAGACGGCCCACCUGUCCCCCAGCCUCCUCCCCGCGCAGCAGCCCACCAUCUCCCUGCUCUCCGAGGACACAGCCGACUCGCUGAGUGUGGAGUCGCUGACGCUCGUCCCGCCCGUCGACCCUCACAGCCUCCACACCCUGGCCGGCAUCCCCGGACCUCCCGUGCCGGCUGCAGGGUGCACGGCGACCCCGGACGAGGAGGCCGCAUGUGCCGAGCACUGAGUGGGUGCCGGGGCCUCCCGUGGUGCGUGUGGGCCCCACUGGAAGGCACCGCGGGGCAGGCAACUAGCAAGACACAUGGGGAGCACCCACAGCACCGCACGGCCUGUCGCCAUCUCCGCCCCCUCUCCCUGCGCCCCUCGCAAAUGGAGACUGUUCCAUUGGGAUUGCCCCCUGGAGAGGGCAGCCCCCGGGGGCAGGACCCGCCGGCACCCCUCCCUCCCUCCCACCAGCCUCAGCGUGCGCGGGGGAACCUGCGUAGAAGUUGGUAGAAAUGGACUUAGAUAAACAUCUCCUCUGGCUAUUUAUGUCUGCCUUUGGCAACAGAUGAGACGCAUUUAUUUGAAAAGCACCUCCGUGGAAAAAAUGUCCAAACGCAAUCCUCAGCGCCACGGUUUGAUGCCGUGUUGGAAGUGUAGUAAGACGGUUAAGAUUUCGUUUUCAUUUUCCCUUCAACUUCCAAUUUUUUCUUUUUUUUUUGAGUUCUCAGCGUAGCCGUCUGCGGUUUUGAAAGUGGUCCAUUCUUCUUUGUUAGCCCCUAACUCUGCAAGCCUGUGGAACGAUUCCUGCGAAGGUCAGAUUAUUUUUUAAACAAAAAGAAGGGAGAUACACACAUUCUCAGGUACACCCAGAACCGGGAGGGCAGUCUCUCCGCCGCCGCCGCCGCCGCCAGGAGGCCACGCGUGACCUGGGUGAGAGCUUUCUGUGAAACGGGAGGCCCAGCACCUCUGUCCGCGGAGACCAAGCAGGAGCCGGGUUUGCAGCGCCCGUGGCGACGCGGUGGGAGCAGAGGCACCCGGAGCGUCCCGCCCCGGCUCCCAGGCCAAGUUCACGUUGCAAAAGUGAAAACCCCCGUGGCGAGGCCGCCCUCCGCGCAGUGACUGGGUGUGGCCAGGGGCCGGGGGCGGGACCUUGCCCAGCUUUCCUCUGGAGGCGUCCACGGGGGCGUCCACCCACGCCCCGGCCAUGGGGCGGCCUCAGGAGAUGCUCUGAGAUGGCGCCAGCCACCUGUUUGGGGAACACUGCCCUCAGCCCCCUGCCAAGCCAGCAGCGCCGGCCGGCGGCCUCCGCGAAGGCGGGACCCCAGCUUCAGGAAGGAAGCGGCGUUCCCUGCAGGCAUCAGAGGCCCCCAGCGGCUUGUCCACCCAGCUCCCCGGCCCUGGGGCCUGAGCGGGAGCAGAGAGGAGACAGUGGAGGCCGAAGGGCCAGUGGGGGGUGGAAGGAAGCUGCAGCACAGAGCAGGGCUGGUUGGGGGAGGGGCCGCCUCCUCCAGGGGGCACCUGCACGCCAGCAGCCAGCUUGACCUUGUAGACACGGCUGAGUGGACGUGGGAGCAGGCUAGCCCAGAUCCACGCACAGCUGGCUGUGGAACACCUGUCUGCGCAGCAGGAAUGGCAGUGGGCCCGGGGCUCCCCUGCCCAGCCGCACUGCUGUAAAAGAACAGCCUGGAGCCCCCCGCAGCCACGCCCGGGACCCUCGCCUGCCUCGUAAACCCAGUGGUUCCAGCGGCCUCGUGGCCACCAGGCACCCCAGGAGAACGGCCACAGGCAGGGGUGACGGUGUUCCCAGGAGGGCCAGGCCAGCGUCUUUGGCCACUGCCGCCGGCCGACACGGGGUGGGCCUGCAGGCCCGAUCCCAGGCCGGCUUCAGCUGCGGCUGGUGGCUCCCCUCGGCAGCUGUGGGGUGGGUCCCCGGCACUGGAGGGGAGCAGACAGAGCGCAAAUCCUUGUACUGGGAGGUCUGGGAGUCUAGGGGAGGCAGCCAGCCCUGAGGCUCUGAGGAAGGACCCUGCCUGGCCCCGGGCUUGGCAGGCUUGGUGGCAGUGGCCACAGCUGCGUCUUCAGGAAUGCCGUGACCGGAACAGCUGGCAGGCAGAACACACUGCCUGUCUGGCACAAGGUGGCAGGAGCCGGAGCCAGGAGUGUGUGGAAGAGGCAGCCUGGGCCAGGGCUCUCCCAGUCCCCAGGUGGGCCGGUCCGGUUUGCUGAGUUGCAGCCAGGGUGGCCCUGUGACUCUGCACCUGGGCUUUGAGAGUUGCCAUGGCGACCUGGGCAGCCGGGACUCCUCUCCCAGCAGGUCAGAGGGCAAGGGGAGGGGCUCCUGUGGACCUGUAGGGAGCCAGCUGCAAAGCCAGGCUGGGGCUGGGGGGCCGUCUUCCUGGGAGCAGGGGCUGCCCCCACCCCCAGUACCUGCCCAGCCCGAGGCCGCCCCCGGCCAUCUCUGAGGUCAACAAGCCAUCCAGGGGUGAGCCAAGGGCGCAUUUCUCCAAGGUCUCUGAGACAGAGGCACGGGUGAGCUGACCCUGACCCUCUUCUAGACGCAAUAAGUGUGAGACAUUUGAUGUAGUCAUGCUGACGUCAGGCAUAAAUUAUUAGAAUUCCUUGUGUUUCCUUGAACCGAAAGUAUGUAAAUAAGUUGUCCCGGGAAGCGGCAGGGGCCAGGAAGUCUCGGUGCUCCUGCACCUCGGGCCGUUCUCGGGAAGUACCUGCCCUGGCCAGCGUGAGUCACGCUUCGUGGGUACUGAACACGAGGGUGGAAACGAAAACUGGAACUUCCUUGUAAAUUUGAUCUUGGCAAUAAAAAAGAAAAAGGC